UUUCAAUUUGCACUUCCGGUUGUUUCGAAAGUGCAAGUAAAAAUAGUAGAACGUAAUUCUCAACUUCUGUAGACCAUAACGACUUUUUUACAAAACAGAAAACAAACAUUUUGCACAGAUUAUGCCACCACCAGACAGGUGGGACCAGUAUGGUUCCAUUGGUGAAGUGAUAAAUGGUACCAAGUUUGUGGCAUUCAAAGUUCCAUUAAAGAAGGAAUUACUUUCAACUGUUCAUGAGAAGGAAAGGUUUGGUCCUGAGGAUGUGAUAGAGAAAUUAAAAGACAAAGGAAAAGAAUUGGGACUAGUUAUAGAUAUAACUUAUACUGAUAAAUACUAUCACAAAGGAGAAUUUUGUAGAAAAAAUGUUGAACAUGAAAAGAUUUAUACCUAUGGUCAUGUUGUACCAACAGAUGCUGUUGUUUACAGAUUUUUCGAUGUUGUAGAGAAAUUCAUCAAGAGGAAUCAAAAGGAAGAAAUGGUGAUAGGUGUGCAUUGUACACAUGGAGUAAACAGGACUGGUUACAUAGUUUGUAGGUACAUGGUUGAGAGAUUAGGCAUUGAUCCUACUGAGGCUAUGGAGGCUUUUAAACAAGCCAGAGGUCAUCCAAUUGAAAGGCAAAACUAUAUUGAUGAUUUACUCACACGGAAACAUAACCCUGAUUAUGUGAUAGGUGAUCAUCCUCCAGUCCUUAAAGCAGAGAAUGCGAACAAAAGUAAAAAAGACAACAGUGACCGAUAUAAACCCUGGCUGAGACACAAAAAACAUGACAAGGCUCCGUCAAGCACUGUGGAAGUGGAAGAAGAUAAACAAUAUCAAAAUGAUUUUCAGACUCUGCAACUGAAUAAUUCUCAUGCAUUUAACGAAAGUCAUCAAAGGGGAUAUCAUAGUUAUGACAGAACGAAUAAUUAUGGCGGAGAAAGAUCAAGCGGUUAUGACAGACAGAAUAAUUAUGGCGGGGAAAGAUCAAGUGGUUAUGACAGACAGAGAAAUUAUGGCGGGGAAAGAUCGAGUAGUUAUGAUAGAAGAAACAAUUAUGGCAGAGAAAGAUCUCAUAAUGAUUCACAUUAUCAUAAUAGAAGAGAGGAGUUAAAGCCAUAUCAUAGGACGUUAAAGUCUAGCAGGAGUUAUCCUCCCCAUGAUCAUCAUUCAUAUGAAAAAGAUAAUAAUUAUUCAAGGACGUCAAAACAUAAUUAUAAUUCUCAACCUAAUCUACAUAUACGUGGAAACAAAUAUUAACAUUUGUUCAUGCAAAAUGUAAUUUAUGGGUUGUUGUUGGCAUAUAAAUAUUCAUUGCUUGUUCAGACACAACAAAGAAUGGUAAUAACUAAAUGGUGUAGGAAUAUCUAUUCUUUCUACUGUAGCAGAAAUUGUAAGAGGGCAAAUAUUUAUGUUAACCUCCAAAAGCAUUUUAGUUCCUAUGAAUGUGUUAUAUGGCUUUUUAUACAGUCAUGCUCAAAAUUGUACUAUUUUUAAAGAGAUUUGGCAAUUUCAGGGUCUUAUUUGGAUCAGAUAUGCCUUUCUUAUUGUUUGUGUCAAUUUAGUUUUAAUUGAUAUGGUAUAAGCCAUGUUACUGGUAUAUGCAUCCAUAAUUAGGAAAUCUGCAGACAUAACACAAAACAAAUAUCAUUCAGCAAGUGAUACUUAAGUAACUUGAAUGCUUUUAAAACAUGCAAAUGUGAUAGUUUUAUGAGAUACCAAUAUAUUUAAUUGACAUUAAGUGUUGCCAACAGGCAAUCAGAGUUGGAAUUUGGUCAGUGAGUAACUUACCUUUUUAGAGAUAUGCCCCUUUUAAAAUUUUUAAAUUGCAAAGCUUGAGCGGGCCAUUUGUGUCCGUACACAUUCUUCUUUUAUUUAAAAUUCAUGUUUACUACUGAUGAAAUUAGUGGUGGAUUUAGAAAUUUUCAUAAGUGGGGGCCCACCGACUGACCUAAGAGGAGGCCUGCUCCAGUCACACUUCAUUGAUUCCCUAUAUAACCAACCAUUUUUUUCCCAAAAAGGGGGGUGCCCGGGCCCUGUGAGUAUGCCAAAUUAUGGUUUUUACCAAUAUUGUGAGGUUCAAUGAAUAUGUAGUUGUGAUAGUGCAAGAGGGACAUGAUGUCCAAUGAACAAAACUGUCAUAUUCUUGGUCAAUAUUAUAACCUACUGCGCAUGCUUGAUAUAGAAAUGAUAAGACAAAAAACAAAUAUGAUAAUACAGCACUCAAAGGAGUAUGUUCAAUAAGGCCCUAAAAUGGCCCCCUUUUUUAGCGUAAAUUUGAAAUUCGGAAUUAAUAACCAAUAUCAUGAUAAAUUAUAGCUAAUACAUUGACUAAAUAGGAAAUAAACCAUUUUGUUGAUCAUUUUACGUUUCUGCGUUUCAUUAUGACGUCACAAGUUGUACUCAUAUUGAUUUUUCACGAAAAAAUCAAUGAAAAUGGGCAAAUUUCCAUAGAUUUAUUGGACAGGAAACAUAGAGCGCAUAUGUCGACAACAAAGAUCUUUUAAAAUAAUGUUUGUAUGUCUUUUUUGAAUAUUAAGCUUGUCGAAACCUGCGCUCUAUAUUUCCUGGUCCUUUAUUUGGUUGAAAUCCUGCUGAUUUUGUCAAUUUUCACCAAAAUCCCAUAUUUUGACCUUUUUGGGAUGUAAAAAUCAACAUGUUAGAAUUAAACUUUGACAAAAACAGUUCUGUCUUACUUUCGCACAUGUCUUUAAGGCAACUUAAAACAUGUAUUGUCUUGUAACUAUGAACUUUAUAAUUGGGGCCAAAUAUAGUCCUUACCGAACUUACUCCUUUGUCUUUCAUUCAAAACUUAAAAAACAACAUUCCUAAUAAGUUAUUACUAAAAACUUCAUAUGUAAAUAAAUUGAAUUUGAAACUCCCAUACCUGUCAUUUUACCCGUAUUCUGCAGGCAACACCUGAGAAUUUCACCCCUUACCUGGGCUUUUUUUUUAAAGAAAUAAAGCAAAUACCUCCAAGUCAAACAUGUAAUAUAUAAUAUUUUCAUUACCUGUGUACUAUAGUUUCCAUAUUACACAUGUAGCAAAGUAACAGUUUUAAACAGUGAUAAAGCAUAGUGUAGACAUUUUAGGAAAGGCUCCAUUUAAAUCUUACAGAAUGUAUUUUGCCAGCAUUGUACAGACAUUUUUAUGCAUUUCAACAGUUACAACAAGAACAAUAAAGAACAAUUAUAGUUUA